CCCCAGAAUGGCUUCGCUGUGGUGCGGCCACCCGGACAUCACGCGGAUCCUUCCACCGCCAUGGGAUUCUGCUUCUUUAACUCGGUGGCCAUUGCUGCCAGGCAGCUGCAGCAGAAAGGGAAACUCAGCAAGAUCCUCAUUGUGGACUGGGAUGUUCACCACGGCAAUGGGACCCAGCAGAUCUUCUACAGAGACCCUGAUGUUCUCUACAUCUCUUUGCAUCGUCAUGAUGAUGGCAACUUCUUCCCCGGCAGCGGGGCCGCUGACGAGGUUGGUGCUGGCCCUGGCGAGGGAUUUAAUGUCAAUGUAGCCUGGACUGGAGGGCUCGACCCCCCCAUGGGUGACCCUGAGUAUCUGGCUGCUUUCAGGACGGUGGUGAUGCCAAUUGCACACGAAUUCUCCCCAGAUGUGGUGCUGGUGUCAGCCGGCUUCGACGCGGCUGACCGCGCCCCCCCGCCACCCCUGGGCGGCUACAAAGUCUCUGCUAAAUGCUUUGGCUACAUGACAAAGCAGCUGAUGAGCCUGGCUGGCGGAGCCAUCGUCCUCGCGCUAGAAGGUGGCCAUGACCUUACGGCCAUCUGCGAUGCAUCCGAGGCCUGCGUGUCAGCCUUGCUGGGCAACGAGCUGGACCCUCUCCCAGAAGAAAGCGUGAGGCAGAAACCAAACCCCAACGCUGUGCGCUCCUUGGAAACGGUGAUCCAGGUCCAGAGUAAAUACUGGGUGGCCGUGCAGCGCUUUGCCUCCAAGCUGGGCUGCUCCUUCCUGGAGGCACAGCACCACGAGGCAGAAGAGGUGGAGACGGUCACAGCCUUGGCCUCCCUUUCGGUGGCCGUGAUGGUGGAGAAGAGGCCACAAGACGAGCCGAUGGAGGAAGAGGAGCCCAUGAACCAGUGAUGAGCGGUGAUGUUCUCUGCUCCCCUGCUUCCAGGACGUGGCUGGACUCUGCUGAGCCCAGCGCUCGCUCUUCACUCCUGGCUUCCCGUUUGCCACGUCAUCCUCACUCCCCGAGUCACGGUCCUGAAAUGGCCUGGACCUUUGGCUGCCGCCUCUGCAGGUCUCCCAGAAAGGAUGCUCCUGCAGCCACCUGGAAGAUGUCCUCCUGCUCGGGACCGAUGGAAAACCACAAACUCCCUCUGCACGGCGUGGCCUUGCAAACCUAGACCGUGCCUGCAAUCAGUCCCCAACCUUCGGGACCUGAAACCCCUCUGGGGACAUGCGUGAGAGGCCUCCACCCCUCUGG